UUUUAGGCGGAAUCCUAGCGGACAUUUCAGAGACGUGUGAGCAAUUUCCAGCAAUAAGGAUUAUGCGACGUACUGGCUCCACAGACUGUACCACUUCCCAUUCCUGUAUAAAAACUUCCACAAGCUUCACCAUAAAUACAAGCAACCAACAGCAUUUUCGGUCACCGCCAUCCAUCCUAUAGAAUCUAUGCAUAUCCAAAGCACCCUCUUGGCGCCACUAUUUUUCUUUCCGCUACACUGGGCCGCAUUCUAUACAGUGGCAAUAUAUGUUUACUACCACGGUAUCAUCGAUCAUUCGGGCGUGAACUUCAAGGCGUACUGGUGGCAACCAUGGCAGCCGGAUGCCAUUUUCCAUGACAAUCACCAUCAAUAUUUCCACGUCAACUUUUCUUUCAAUAUAGAACUAUGGGAUAAGGUAAGUUUCGCACUCUACUUUGGCUAUUGUCAUGGUAAUCUCAAUAUUUUGCAUGCUCGGAAAGUUGCUUCAAACAAAUAUAAGUAG